AACUUAAGCUUGUACAGCCAGUUAAAGAAGUGUUCUAGCCUGAAAUCGUGAAUGUAUUCUUUUAGAAAAAAAAUUCAAGAGUAUUAUGAAAAUACAUUUGCAUCUUGAACUGAUAAACAGCAUUUUUUAACCCUUACCAUUGUUUUUUAACAUUUUGAAUAAGUUGCAGAAGAAUUAAUUUGUUCUAUGAAAAUUUGUUCCCCCUUUAUACAAGGUUAGUUGCGCACGCACAUCUGCACAUCAUAUGCACACCAACAGGUCUGAUCAGCGGCAGUAGGCAACCGGCUACUUUGUGCAGAAGUUCUUAAGAAAUACGUAUUUUAUUACUUAUAUUAAACCAAUAAUGGAGGAAAUACUAUCGAAGUUACUUGUAGCCGAUAAUGUAACGAUACAACAGGGAACUGCAGAACUCAGAGAAGCUUUUAAAAAACCAGAGAGUACACCAGCAUUGUGUCAGUUGAUUGCAUCUUCACCAAAUUCUCAGAUACGACAAUGUGCAGCUGUGUUACUUAGGAAGCGUUAUGGCAAAGGGAACCAUUGGCUUAAAUUGCCUCAACAUGUGCGCACGGAAUUUAAAUCAAUAAUUUUACAGGCACUAGUUAAUGAACCAGAGAAAUUUGUGAAAAAUGCAAUUGCCCAGUUAGUAGGAAUAAUUGUAAAACAUGAAUUACCUAAUAAUGGGUGGCCAGAGCUUUUACAGUUCGUUCAACAGUUAAUUUCUAGUGAAAAUUUAUCUGACAAAGAGUUGGGAACCUACACAUUGUCAAUUAUGACAGAAGUUGCACCUGAUGCGUAUCAAAGACAUGCAGCAUCAAUUGCAGCUCUUUUGGGUCAAACAUUGAACAGUUUACAAGAUUUAGGAAAUCCUGUUGCAUAUUACGUCCUGAAAAUAAUGCAAAGCCUUGUUCCCUUAGUUCAAGAUAAUCAGAUGAUGGUAAAUGCUUAUAAUCAAAUGAUGCCUCAAGUAAUGACCACAAUACAGUCCCUCAGUGUUUCUAAUGAGGACAAAGCUAUGGAAUGUUUUGAACUAAUAGAUGAAUUAUGCGAAAACGCAAUUGAUGUGAUAACGCCUCAUGUGAAACUUCUUGUUAGUAUGUGCCUUGCAAUUGCUGGUAACAAAUCAUUAGAUAAUGCUCUUAGAGUUAAAGCAGUAAUUUCUAUUGGUUGGUUAGCAAGGACAAAGAAAAAAGCCAUGUUAAAACAUAAUCUUGUAGAACCUAUUAUAGAUACGUUAUUCAGUCUUAUGUCCACACGACCCGAGGACAAUGAGGAUGAAAUUUAUUUUACUGAAAACGAGGACAAUACACCUGUAACUUGUGCUACUCAAGUUUUAGAUUUACUUGCACUCAAUUUACCACCGGAAAAAUUAAUUCCUCAAUUGCUGCAUUACAUUGAACCUAGUCUUCAAGGAACAGAUGUAUAUGCGAAAAAAGCAUCGUAUCUUGCAAUGGCUGUAUUAGCAGAAGGUUGUUCGGAAUACAUCCGCACUAAAUACCUUGAAUCUUUCUUGCGUUGUACCUGUCAGGGAAUCACCGAUUCUGUUCCUGUGGUGCGCAAUGCUGCUCUCUUUGCCCUUGGGCAGUUUUCCGAACAUUUGCAACCAGACAUUUCAAAAUACUCUUCAGAAUUACUACCUGUGUUAUUUGAAUACCUUGGUCAAAUCUGUGCUCACAUUAAACAAGAGAAAAAGGCGCCACCAUCAGUCGGUCGCAUGUUUUAUGCGUUAGACAUGUUUUGUGAGAAUUUGAAUGAAAGUCUUUUACCAUAUUUACCAACAUUAAUGGAAAGACUUUUUGAAAUUUUAAAUUCUGACACUCCAAUUCACGUUAAAGAACUUUCGCUGAGCGCCAUUGGUUCAGCAGCCUUAGCUAGUAAAGAGCAAAUGUUGCCAUACUUUGAAAGGGUUCUUUCCAUUUUGAACAGUUAUCUUUCGGAACAACAAACAGAGGAAACCAUAUGUCUUCAAGUACAAGCAGUUGAUACACUCGGGGUUCUUGCAAGAACAAUUGGUAAUGAAAAUUUUGCUCCUUUGGCCGAUAAAUCCCUUAAUUUUGGGAUUAGUUUAUUAAAGGAAACACAAGAUCCAGAUUUAAAAAAAUCCAUUUACGGUCUGUUUGCGUCAAUUAGUACCAUAUUGAAGAAAGAUAUGGCAUCCGCUUUGCCGGAAAUUAUUGAGUAUAUGAUAUUAAGUAUAAAAAGCUCAGAAGGCAUUGUGCCACACUAUAAAGAAGACGAGAGUUCUGCUCUUCCAGUUUAUGACGACAUUAACGAAAGUGAAAAUGAAAGCGAAGAAGACAUUGAAAACACGGAUAAUGAAGAUGAUGACGAUGACGCAGUAGGUUACAGUGUUGAAAAUGUAUACAUUGAUGAAAAGGAGGAAGCAAUUUUAGCUUUAAAGGAAAUUGCGGAGCAGACAGAAGAAGCGUUUUUACCAUAUCUUCAAAGAUCUUUCGAGGAAACAUUCAAAUUGUCCAAUUAUCCUCAAGAAGAUAUUCGUAAAGCUGCUAUUGAUGGACUUUUACAGUUUUGCAUUAAUUUCUCAAAAAUUAAUACCAACGAAGGAAAAGAAGCUUUGUUGAAAGCUCUCUCCGUAUACAUACCAAAAUUAUCAGAAUUAAUACGAUUAGACGAUGAACGAAGUGUAGCGAUUAGUGGUUUGGACGCUUACGCCGAACUUCUAAAAGAAAUAAAGACCGAUGUUUUUAUAGGAGAGGGACACAAAGAAGCUAUAAUGAAUUGUAUCCUGGAUGUUAUGUUAGGCAAGACAGAAUGCCAGGAUCAAGAGGAAGCGGAUGAAGUAGAGGCCGAAGCUGAACAAGAUGAAUUAUUAGUUGAAUGCGCUGGUGACGUACUGACCAAUCUAGGAAAAGUAAUCCCUCCAGAAGAAUUCGCCAUUUUCUUCCAAAAUGUGCUACCUAAACUUUUAGACAGAUUAAAAAAGAACAAAUCAGAAGCGCAAAGAUCAUUCGCUGUGGGGACCAUUUCAGAAUGUUUCUCGGGACUUAAACAUACUGCCAACGUUACUCAACUUCUUCCCAUAUUACUGAGACUCACGGCUGAUCCAAGUGAUGAGGUCCGCAAUAAUGCCAUUUAUGGAAUUGGUGAACUUGCGUUGCACGCUAAAGACUCUGUAUUUCCGUUUUACUCCGACAUUUUAUCGGUUCUCUCCAACGCUCUUAGCAAAGAGACUCAUGCAGGAGCUCGUGAUAAUAUCGUCGGCGCGAUUGCACGACUCAUCAUCACCAAUUGUUGGAAUUUGCCUCUGGACCAAAUAUUCCCAGUUUUUGUGGAGCAGUUGCCGUUGAAGGAAGAUUUCGAGGAAAAUAAGGCAGUUUUUAGAAGCGUAUUGACGCUGUAUCAGGCGGGCCAUUCCAUUUUAAAACCACACAUGCGUAUGUUGUUGAAAGUGGCGUUCAAUGUAUUAUACGAGGGAAAAGCUACUGAUGAUGAAGCGAAGCGUUUCGUAAGGGAUUUCAUUCAUUCUGUGCAACGAGACUUUCCAAAUGAAUGGAGUUCCAUAUCCACCGAAUUUUCCGAACAGGUGUUUGAUGAUGUUCAACAGAUAUAUCGAAACAUAUGAGAAUAUAAACCUAUGACAGAAAAAAUUAUUAUUAAUUAUUCCGGAUUAGAUGAGACAUGCAGACUGAUAUGUGAAAAUAUUUUCGUCGCGAAAUAUAACUCGUUUUUCUAUUAAGUUAUACAUAUCGUAACUGAGGUUUCUCGCGUCAGUUGUGCUAGUUCACAAUCUUUUAUAUAUAUAUCCUCUGUUUAAUACUGUUCACGAAAGCAUAGUAUUGGACUUUCAAUAAGUGUAAUUAAUCGAAUAAACGAUGGAAUAGUGACGUUUUAUUACAUUCGAAUCUUCUAGCUUGUAAAUGUACGUAAUAAGAUUUCACAGACACAAAAACUGCAUUUCUUAUAUGGAGAUAUAUAUAUAUAUACACUGAUUGGGCUGUUGAUAUUAAAU